GAAGAAAUGGACUACCAUCAAGAAAACGACCAAAACCACUCAAACUUACCAUCCGCAAUAACCUUAGAAGUAGUGCCGAUAAAACAGGAAACCGUCAUCAUAUCCACAGAAGAAGCGAGGAACAACAUCCUGAUGCAGGAAAGUUUGGAGAGUCAGGACGAACAGGAUGUACAGGGUGUGCACUUUCUAACAGACGACGAGAGCGGCGUUUUGGUGGCAAAAGUCGAGAAUGGGGAGAAUUACGAGAAAAAGAAAAACGAGUUGCUGGAAUAUUUGACCAGGCACGACGGCAGUGUGGUGUGCAAGCUUUGCGGGGAGGUGCUGGCCUCGAGAACGCAUUGGUACAGGCACAAAUAUAAGCUGCAUGUCAACACUUACGUGAACCCCAUACCGCUGUUCAAGUGCACGCAUUGCAACGCGUUCUUCAAGAGUCGAAAGGGGUACAUUGGGCACGUCUCGUCGAGGCACUCGGAGAAUUUGGAUCAAAACGAGGAGCUAAACAUCAGCAUAAAAGAGGAGAUCGUCGAGACCAGCUCUGAAAGCCCGAAGUUCAACAACAAUAACGGCAAGAAGAAGGAGAACGUCAAAGCUGCGGAUUGGGAGGAACAAAGAGUGAAAGAAGAGAAAUUGGUGGCGGAUAUUAUAGACAGGGUGAGGAAGGAGUGCGAGGCCCAAGGGGCGGCUGUAAGUCGCAGGGGGUAUAGCAGGAGACCCACUGUUAUGCGAUCUUGCAAUUAACUUUUUAUUUUCACGUUCUAGUGCCAAAUGUAACGAUUUUUAAUGUUCAAAAGUGUUAAGAAGUUUACAUAUCCAAUUUUAUUAUUACAAAAUGUGGAAAAGGGAUUUACAGUUUUAUUUUUGACUAAAAAUGUGUAAACUAACUUAGAGUUAUGACAAGCCAAAAAAGUACAAAUGGUUUUCUUUAAAUGUGACGUUUUUACUAAAAUUGCUAUGAAUUUAUAACCACCUUAGGUAAAUAAAAAAGGAAAAACGAUUGAUUAAAAAACCUAACAUAAUUUUAGAAAUGUUGAAAAGCGUGG